AGAGAGAGAGAGAGAUAGGCAGGGCAGAGUGUAGGGAGAAGCAGGCAAGUAGCACUGCCAGCCGCCGUAGCUCAAUAUGGAGUAGCCGCGUCGGCUAAACAGUAACGGGACUACAAAGAAAAACCUUGACUGGAUCGAAAUUACAUUAACAAGGAAUAAGAAAGCACUGUCAAUGAUGAAAUACGGCAUUGCAUAUACACAAUCAACUUGAAGGGAAUUAUAUAGACGUUGCAAUUUAUUAUUGAAAAAUGGCGAACGAGUCUCCAGCUAAAAGUCUAGUGGACAUAGACCUUGCCUCUUUGCGGGACCCCGCUGGUAUUUUUGAACUGGUGGAGGUGGUCGGCAAUGGCACCUAUGGACAAGUAUACAAGGGCCGACAUGUCAAGACAGGACAGCUGGCGGCCAUCAAGGUCAUGGACGUCACAGAGGAUGAAGAGGAGGAGAUUAAACUGGAAAUAAAUAUGCUGAAAAAGUACUCCCACCACAGAAACAUCGCCACGUAUUAUGGAGCCUUCAUCAAGAAGAGCCCCCCGGGACAUGAUGACCAGCUAUGGCUGGUAAUGGAGUUCUGUGGUGCCGGCUCCAUCACAGACCUGGUGAAGAACACCAAGGGCAACACACUGAAGGAGGACUGGAUCGCCUACAUCUCCCGUGAGAUCCUCAGGGGUUUGGCUCACCUGCAUGCUCACCAUGUGAUCCACCGUGAUAUCAAAGGCCAGAAUGUGUUGCUUACAGAGAAUGCAGAGGUUAAACUGGUGGACUUUGGUGUGAGUGCUCAGCUGGACCGGACGGUGGGCCGGAGGAACACGUUCAUCGGGACGCCCUAUUGGAUGGCGCCCGAGGUCAUCGCCUGUGACGAAAACCCAGACGCCACCUAUGACUACAGAAGUGACUUGUGGUCUACUGGAAUCACAGCUAUAGAGAUGGCAGAGGGGGCCCCUCCGCUGUGCGAUAUGCAUCCAAUGAGAGCUCUCUUCCUCAUCCCCAGAAACCCACCCCCUCGACUCAAGUCCAAAAAAUGGUCUAAGAAGUUUUGCAGCUUCAUUGAGGGCUCCCUGGUGAAAAACUACACCCAGCGCCCCCCCACCGACCAGCUGCUGAAACACCCCUUCAUCAGGGACCAGCCCAACGAGAGGCAGGUCCGCAUCCAGCUGAAAGACCACAUCGACCGCACCAAGAAGAAAAGGGGGGAGAAAGAUGAGACGGAGUAUGAGUACAGUGGCAGUGAGGAAGAGGAGGAGGAAGCUCAGGAACAGGAGGGGGAACCCAGCUCCAUAGUGAACCAACCAGGGGAAUCCACCCUGCGUAGGGACUUCAUACGCCUGCAGCAGGAGAACAAGGAGCGCUCCGAGGCCCUGCGCAGACAGCAGCUCCUGCAGGAGCAGCAGCUCAGGGAGCAAGAGGAGUACAAGCGCCAACUGCUGGCUGAGAGGCAAAAACGCAUCGAGCAACAGAAGGAGCAGAGGAGGAGGCUGGAGGAGCAACAGCGCCGCGAGCGGGAGAUGAGGAGGCAGCAGGAGCGAGAGCAGCGCCGGCGUGAGCAGGAUACAAGAGGCGCAUGGAGGGAGGUUGAACGCCGGCGUAAAGAGGAGGAGGAGCGCAGGAGGGCCGAGGAGGAGAAGAGGAGGGCUGACCGCGAGCAGGAGUACAUCCGUCGCCAGCUGGAGGAAGAGCAGAGACACCUGGAGAUCCUUCAGCAACAGCUGCUUCAUGAACAGGCCAUGCUACUGGAGCACAAGUGGAGGGAGCUGGAGGAGCAGCGGAAGGCCCAGAAACUCCAGAAGCAACUACUACAGGAGCAGGUCUACCUACUGCUCCUCCAACAGGAGCCCAAACCACUGCAGGCAGACGCCAACAGACCUCAGUUCCCACGACAUCCGUUGCUCCCCGAAAGAGCUGAGUCCCCACAGCGACUGAACCCUGACCCCAAAGACCCUGACCCCAAAGGCCCUGACCCCAAGCCAGUCGGAGAGGCCGAUGAGAGGUACCGUAAGAACAUCCAAGGUUCUCCUCAAGCCGCCCAGGUUAAGGUCCAGCCCCCGGUUCCUCCCCGAGCAGCAGAGACCGUUGCCAAUGGAAACGCCCCUGUGGCCGCCCCACCCGCCAUGCAUCGGCCAAUGGAACCCCAGGACCUGACGGCGCUGGCUAAAGAACUGCGUGCGGUGGAAGAUGUGCCACGCCCCCACAAGGUGACAGACUACUCGUCAUCAAGUGAGGAGUCGGGGACCACGGAUGAGGACGACGACGAGGAGGUGGACCAGGAGGGAGGAGAAGAGUCUACCUCGGGACCAGAGGACACUCGUGCUGUCAGCUCUUCCAGGCUGAGCAACGGCGAGACAGAGUCUGUGAAGACUAUGAUAGUCCAUGACGAGGGCGAAGCUAACACGCCCUGUAAAGACGGCACUCUGAUUGUCAGGCCGAGCCAUUCUGCCAGCAACACCAUGCAGAAACACAAGUCCUCCUCUUCGUUCACUCCCUUCAUUGAUCCGCGCCUUCUCCAGAUCUCUCCAUCUGGUGCCGCGCUCAACAACAUGGCUUUCGGGAAUGAUGCCCGGCUGGCCGAGGCCCUGAGGGCGGACCCUUCGCGUAAGGGCUCGGUGGUCAACGUGAACCCUGUCAACACACGGCCCCAGAGUGACACGCCGGAGAUCCGCAAGUACAAGAAGAGGUUCAACUCGGAGAUCCUGUGCGCUGCACUCUGGGGAGUGAACCUGCUGGUGGGGACAGAGAGUGGUCUUAUGCUGUUGGACCGUAGCGGUCAGGGAAAGGUCUACCCCCUUAUCAGCCGACGUCGCUUCCAACAGAUGGACGUCCUUGAAGGCCUAAAUGUCCUGGUCACUAUAUCAGGCAAGAAGAACAAGCUGCGUGUGUAUUACCUGUCCUGGCUGAGGAACAAGAUCCUGCACAACGACCCAGAGGUGGAGAAGAAGCAGGGCUGGGUCACCGUGGGAGACCUGGAAGGGGCCGUGCACUACAAAGUUGUGAAAUAUGAGAGGAUUAAGUUUUUGGUUCUGGCGCUGAAGAAUUCGGUGGAAGUCUAUGCGUGGGCACCAAAGCCGUACCACAAGUUCAUGGCCUUCAAGUCGUUUGGGGACCUGGUACACAAGCCCUUGCUGGUUGACCUGACAGUGGAGGAGGGUCAGAGGUUGAAGGUCAUCUACGGCUCCAGUAAUGGAUUCCAUGCCGUGGAUGUGGACUCAGGGGCCGUCUACGACAUCUACCUACCCACGCAUAUUCAGACCAGUAUCCAGUCCCACGCCAUCAUCAUCCUUCCCAACACAGACGGGAUUGAGCUGCUGGUGUGCUACGAGGACGAGGGCGUUUAUGUCAACACCUAUGGACGCAUCACCAAAGAUGUGGUGCUGCAGUGGGGAGAGAUGCCCACCUCUGUAGCCUACAUCCGAUCCAACCAGAUAAUGGGCUGGGGGGAGAAGGCCAUAGAGAUCAGGUCUGUGGAGACUGGACACCUGGACGGGGUCUUCAUGCACAAGAGAGCCCAGAGACUCAAGUUCCUCUGUGAGAGGAACGACAAGGUGUUCUUUGCCUCGGUGCGGUCUGGGGGAGCCAGCCAGGUGUACUUUAUGACCCUUGGGCGCACCUCCCUGCUUAGCUGGUAGAAAGACCAUGACCCAUCUACUCUGGAAACUGACCAACUUCAUUUGAAAUCCGACGUUCAGUGAUGCCAACGGACAAAAGCCAACCACCUACGACCUUUCGACCCGAAGCAUCAUGCUAUAUUGAGGCUACACAUGGCAUCCAGGUGCCGUCAACCUGCCGUGAAUAUCUGAUAUGCGAACUGUAAACAAGUAAAUGUGUCAAUUGAUUAAGAAAACAAAAAUAAAAUGUGAAAGGGGGGGGGGGGUUGGGGUGCACUCUGCCCCACUUUGGUGCUCAACCGAUCGUGGACACACGUCUGUGCAAGGUCGUUUCCCUGACGGUGUGUGACCUGUGUGUUGUUCCUAGUUCCUGACUGCUAUGGGCUUGAAGUCUAUUACUAACUAGUCUCCGCAUCUUCUGCUCGUAUUUCAGGAGCCCCCUUCCCACCACCACUUUCAUUAGCGAGGGAGGGGCAGGAGGCGGAACAUACACUGUUAAUGCUACAGUAGUAUAUGUAAAUGUCUUUCUGUUUGGCUCAAUGAUUGCUGACUGCAUGGGGCCGGGGGAUGGGGGGGGAGUCAGGGAAAAGGCGGGAGCAAAGGAUCAGAGCAAAUGAGCCUAUUGGUUCUGGACUCUGUGUUGCCAUGACAAUGGCUGAUCUGGGGGCCCUAGACAUAUUUUCCCGUAAACCUGGUAGUGUCAGAAAGGACUCCGCUGAAGUUAGGGUUGACAGAGUUAAGACCGCUAACAUAUUUCUAUGGACAAGGAAUGGAGUGAAAAGGAUUUUAACGUGUUGGACUUCUGAAUUGUAUUUUUAUUAUUAUGAUUUCCUAAAAAGUGUGACUGUGAGGAGUUCAUAUUCCUUUGACCUUGUUUUAAAAAUCACAUAUGCACAUAGUGUCCAGUUGGCUUGAUUUUAUUCCAACCUGAAACACAUUGAAAUGCUGUAGGAGUACGAGGGAGGGAAUGGGUUAGGAAGAAGAAACAAACAGAAUCUAUGUAUAAUAAAAGUUCAUUUAUCCUCAUCUAUAGUUUCAGUGGUCAUGUUAGUCGAUUCCUCUGUCAAACAUGAUCCUGUAAUUGAGCGGACCAUCAAAAGUCCAGAUUGGAGGACCUGGUCCUUAUGUGAAUAGACAGAUAUAAUAAAGGUGAAUGGUGGAGAAGGUUCAGGUGAAAGUCAAGUAUGUGUGUGGUCGAUAAGGGGCCACAAGGCAAAUGGGUGUCAACGUAAGUUUUUGUAGCAGACAGGUUAUUCAUGGUAGGCAAAACUCCGUGGAGGUAGAGUCAGUGAACGGGAGGGAAACGCUGGUGUUUUAUUGUAGUUUUGAUAUCUCAGCCUUUUGUUUUUCAUUUGUAUCUUUUCAUGAAUGCAAUGCACUAAGUGUCAAGAAUGUAGAAAGAAAUAUACUGUGUGGUGGUCAAAGGCAUGAUAGUUUUGUUUGUGUUCCUUGUCACAUAAUCAAUAUGAUGUUUAAUUUCAAGUGAAUGCUAAACAAUGGAGCCUCUAUGAAAUAUGUUGAUUUUCUUUUGCUAUUGCUAAUGCUUUCUCAGAGUUGUGACUGUCUGUUUUCAAAACUCCAUGUUUUGAAGUGCAUCAGCUGGACAAAGACCAGCUUUGAGUUGAGAUUUUGCUUAGCUACAGUAGUUUCAUGUAAGGCCAAUAUGCUCACAGUAGCCUAAUCAACCUAAUUCACCAACAGGGCUUAGACUAGUGUUUACAUGCAAACAGCAUUACCAGGCUCAGCGAAGACGUGUCAAGCCCGGUAUUUCUUGUCUUUCUCAUGUAAUGUGUCAGCUUGUUAAUCAAUGGAAGGCAACACAAUGCAUCAGUUUUUUUCAAGUCAGUAUGCAGUAGUCUGGUCACCAGGACCCAGAUCACGGGUGACCUGUGACCUCUGAUUCUACAGCUCUUGUCUGAAGGUGUUGACGGAAGGCCGUUUUGGGCCCAAACUUUUUUUUUGUCCACUGUAUAAACGUAUAGUCUGUACAAAUAUGUGAAGAUGACUAUUUGAUCAACUGCAAUAUCCUCUGCCGCUGCUCUCCCACAAGAAUGUGUCUGACCUUCCAUGACUUAGGUGACAAACAAAAACAAAUAACAACAUCAACAAUAACAACAGUUUUUCUUUUUUGGGGGAUUUUCCUACUUCGAUGGAUCACUAUCUGUUUUUCAGUGGUAGAGAAUGUUCCAGGCUAUUUCAGCCAAGUAGACAGACUCUUUAUCCGACUGUCAGACUACAUGUUAGGUUAAGUUGGGUGUCUCUGCCUUUACAGUCAGACAAUGCUGUGUGCAGAGCUGCGGGAAAGAAACUGCAAAUUGUAAGUCACAGAAUUGUUACAUGAGCCACUGAUUCUUGUAUAUGGCAAAAUAAACUCGUUUAAAAAGCAGACCCCAAUGUAUUAUGUGUUGAGAAGCCCCCCAAUGUUGACCCAUUGUCUUUUUGGUUGCGUCCAGGCCUUGAUGAGUGGCAUAAGUGACUUCCAUAAGAUUACAAUUGUUGAUAUUGUUAUUAAUGGAAAACUGAACAUUUCUUUGCAAUCAGAAAAGGCAAUUGCUGAUUUUAAAAAAGUGCCAAGAAGGCAACAUUGAAAGUGUAGACACUUUUACAAAACCACUAUGUUGAAAUAAAUUUUUAAGAUCUCACUUGAAGCAUUGUAUAAGUUUUAGGCUUAGUUAAGAAGCUUAACAAUAGUUUCCGUUGUUUCUGUACGUUUCUGUACUCUGCAGUGGUUGAAUAUUAUAACGCUCAUGUUAGGUCAAGAAAAUUGCAAUGUUUACAGAGGCUGUGUUUUGUUACACUAAUGUGCAUCAUGAUAUUUAUCUUUUAUUUGAAAAUCUGUUUUGCUUUUAGUUUUGUAUUCAAUGUUAUUUUUGUCAGUAAAUCUAAAUUAUGCCUCUUCUCUUCAAAUAACCCACUCACAACACAAAGAUUACAUUUUUCAGAUAAUCCCAUGAUGUUGUCCCAGCGUUGUGGGGACAUUAUAGUGACGUAUAGUCCGUUCCCUGCAGGCUUGGAUGUCAUUCAGCCUUGGGUGUUUUUCUCCUGUGUUUCUGUCAUGCUACUCUAACUUAUGUCCUUUCUGUGUAUGACAGGAAGUCCUGUGUUUUCCUGAAGGUCUUUUUUCUUUGAAUAAACUCUUAAGUAAUUUAA